ACUUCCAAACCUUCCAACCCAUCUUCUUGUAAACCCAUCCAGAACCUCCACCUCUGACACCAUGGCCAACUCUUGUUGUGGCUCUGUCUGCUCUGAGGAGAGCUGUGGCCAAGGCUGCUGCCAGCCCAGCUGCUGCCAGACCACCUGCUGUAGGACCACCUGCUGCCGCCCCAGCUGCUGUGUGUCCAGCUGCUGCAGACCCCAGUGCUGCCAGUCUCUGUGCUGCCAGCCCACCUGCUGCCGCCCCAGCUGCUGCAUUUCCAGCUGCUGCAGGCCCACCUGCUGCCGCCCCACCUGCUGUAUUUCCAGCUGCUGCAGGCCCACCUGCUGUCGCCCCAGCUGCUGCAUUUCCAGCUGCUGCAGGCCCACCUGCUGCCGCCCCAGCUGCUGUAUUUCCAGCUGCUGCAGGCCUUCUUGCUGCCGCCCCAGCUGCUGCAUUUCCAGCUGCUGCAGGCCUUCCUGCUGCCGCCCCAGCUGCUGCAGACCUAGCUGUUGCAUUUCUAGCUGCUGCCGCCCCAGCUGCUGUGUGUCCAGCUGCUGCAGACCCCAGUGCUGCAUCUCCAGCUGCUGCCGCCCCAUCUGUUGCCAGACCACCUGCUGCAGGACCACCUGCUACCGCCCAGCGUGCUCUAGUGGUUCUUGCUGCUGAGCACCUUCAUCCAGUCUUCAUCACCCCCCCACUCUUAAUAUAGACCAUGAAUGAGGUGAACCCCAAGAGGUCAAUCAAAGCCUCUGUUGGAUCUUGACUUAGGCUCCAAAUGCACUCAGUUUCUUCCCCAACUAGGUUUCUCUCAAAUAAAAGCAAAUUUCUAGGGUUUUUUUUUUAAAUAAUCUAUCAUUUUACUCCCACAUUGAUGUUUAUGUCAUAUUUAUAUAAGUAUUUUUAUAUUUCAAAUAAACCUGAAUUUUAGACAUCUG